CACUCAGUUUCCCUAUUAAAUUGGUAAAAGUCAAUGAAUCUGAAGCAAAAAAAGUAAAUUGUGUAUUUACAGACAUUCUCAGCUUUUAACAAUAUACCAAAAAUAAAUCAUUUUACCUUUAUUUCAGAGUUCAUUGAAGAAAAAGAGGAAAAUGAAGAAUCAAGUUCUCAAGUGAAGCAGAACGCAUGCGAUCAAUGCGAUAAAAUGUUUUUAUGGGCUUCACUUCUGAAGAAACACUUGAAAGUUCAUGCAAAGAAGUCACAUUCAUGUCAUUUGUGUGGUAAGAGUUUUUUGCAUGUACAAAGUUUGAAAGAACAUCUUCAGAAAAUACAUACUGAUGUGAGAGAGUAUGUGUGCUCUGAGUGUGAGAAGACUUUUAGUUCAGCUAGCAGUUUAAAACAGCACGAGAGGAUUCACAUUGGAGAGAAACCUUACAAGUGUUUACACUGUGACAAGAGAUUCAGUCGUUCAGCAAAUCUGAAAACACAUGAGAGGAUCCACACUGGAGAGAAACCUUACAAGUGUUCACACUGUGACAGGAGAUUCGUUGAUUCAUCAAGUCUAAAAAAACAUGAGAGGAUUCACAGUGGAGAGAAACCUUAUGAGUGUUCACACUGUGACAGGAGAUUUAGUCGUUCAGCAAAUCUCAAAACACAUGAGAGGAUCCACACUGGAGAGAAACCUUACAAGUGUUCACACUGUGAAAAGAGAUUCAGUAAAUCAUCAAGUCUGAAAACACAUGAGAGGAUCCACACUGGAGAGAAACCUUACAAGUGUUCACACUGUGACAGGAGAUUCAGUCGUUCAGCAAUUCUCAAAACACAUGAGAGGAUCCACACUGGAGAGAAACCUUACAAGUGUUCACACUGUGACAGGAGAUUCAGUAAAUCAUCAAGUCUCAAAACACACGAGAGGAUCCACACUGGAGAGAAACCUUACAAGUGUUCACACUGUGAAAAGAGAUUCAGUCAAAGAGGAGAUCUGAAAACACAUGAGAGGAUUCACAGUGGAUAGAAAGCACAUCACCGCAAUGUACGUGGGAAGUGUUCCAUUAAGUCAUCUGUUAUACA